AUGGACGUCUUCCUCGGCACUAACAUUCUCACCGCAUGGAUCUCAGUCUACUUAGCUCUUCCCAUACUAGCCAGCAGCGCUUUCAACCCCUGGGUCUACGGGUACCGGAACUCUGAGCUGCGCUGCGCAGUCAGAAGGGUCGUCGAUGACUUACUAGCGGUGCUAGGCUUCACGCAUCGUAGCCAUCAUCGAAAUUCGGAUCCCAUAGCACCCAGCGCGGCUGCCACGGCUGGUGACGUCGGUUCCUUUAUCAACCACGUUCAGAGAGACUGUCUGGAUUGGAAAUCAGGUGGAGACUUCCUGCUGGUCCCUAUGGCGCGUCCCGAAAGUUCAGGAGUCGUAUCCGAUUGCGAGUCGCGUGUGUUCAGUGAAACCCCCAGGAUAGUGCUGAGUUCCGAUCCUCCCAGAUUGCUCAAAGGAUCCAGAAGUAUGGUGGAGAGUAUAGCGGUGAACAGAGGUUCCGAUGUGGUGAUAGUGACCGGGAGGGAAAAAGGGAUGAGACAUGGCAUCAGUGUUUUGUGA